GCCGGGCCCGGCGCACGGCGGAGCCCGCAGCCCCGAGCGGCUGCGCCCAGCUCCAUGAAUGGAAAUCGGCAGCGCAGGACCCGUCGGGGCACAGCCCCUGCUCAUGGUGCCCAGACGUCCUGGCUAUGGCACCAUGGGCAAACCCAUUAAACUGCUGGCCAACUGCUUCCAAGUUGAAAUCCCAAAGAUUGAUGUCUACCUCUAUGAGGUGGAUAUCAAACCAGAUAAGUGUCCUCGGAGGGUGAACAGGGAGGUGGUGGACUCAAUGGUGCAGCAUUUUAAAGUGACAAUAUUUGGGGACCGUAGACCAGUUUAUGAUGGGAAGAGAAGCCUCUAUACAGCCAAUCCACUUCCUGUGGCCACUACUGGGGUGGAUCUGGAUGUGACAUUACCAGGAGAAGGUGGAAAAGAUCGUCCCUUCAAAGUGUCAAUAAAGUUUGUUUCUCGGGUGAGCUGGCACUUGCUGCAUGAAGUUUUGACAGGAAGAACCUUGCCUGAGCCUCUGGAACUAGACAAACCUAUCAGCACUAACCCUGUUCAUGCUGUCGAUGUGGUGCUACGACACCUACCCUCCAUGAAGUACACCCCUGUGGGCCGUUCCUUUUUCUCAGCUCCAGAAGGCUAUGAUCACCCCUUGGGUGGGGGUAGGGAGGUCUGGUUUGGAUUCCAUCAGUCUGUUCGACCUGCCAUGUGGAAGAUGAUGCUCAAUAUUGAUGUUUCUGCCACUGCCUUCUACAAAGCACAACCUGUAAUUCAGUUUAUGUGUGAAGUUCUUGACAUUCAUAAUAUUGAUGAGCAACCAAGACCUCUGACUGAUUCUCAUCGGGUAAAAUUCACCAAAGAGAUAAAGGGUCUGAAGGUAGAAGUGACUCACUGUGGGACGAUGAGGAGGAAAUACCGUGUUUGUAACGUAACGAGGAGGCCUGCAAGUCAUCAAACGUUUCCCUUACAGUUAGAAAAUGGCCAAACUGUGGAGAGAACAGUUGCACAGUAUUUCAGAGAGAAAUACAACCUCCAGCUGAAGUAUCCUCAUCUUCCUUGCCUACAAGUGGGACAAGAACAGAAACACACCUACCUGCCUUUAGAGGUCUGUAACAUUGUGGCUGGCCAGCGGUGUAUCAAGAAGCUAACAGACAAUCAGACAUCCACUAUGAUAAAGGCUACAGCCAGAUCUGCUCCAGAUAGGCAAGAGGAGAUAAGCAGAUUGGUGAGGAGUGCAAAUUACGAUGCAGAUCCGUUUGUUCAAGAAUUUCAAUUCAAAGUCCGGGAUGAGAUGGCCCACGUGACGGGGCGUGUGCUCCCAGCUCCCAUGCUGCAGUACGGAGGACGGAAUCGAACGGUGGCGACCCCGAGCCAUGGAGUAUGGGACAUGAGAGGGAAGCAGUUUCACACUGGUGUUGAAAUCAAAAUGUGGGCUAUAGCUUGCUUUGCAACACAGAGACAAUGCAGAGAAGAAAUACUGAAGGGUUUCACAGACCAGCUACGCAAGAUCUCCAAGGAUGCAGGGAUGCCCAUCCAAGGCCAGCCCUGCUUCUGCAAAUAUGCCCAGGGGGCAGACAGUGUGGAGCCCAUGUUUAGACAUCUUAAGAACACCUACUCGGGGCUUCAGCUCAUCAUUGUCAUCCUGCCAGGGAAAACACCCGUGUAUGCUGAGGUGAAGCGUGUGGGAGAUACACUGCUGGGAAUGGCCACACAGUGUGUGCAAGUGAAGAACGUCAUUAAAACAUCCCCACAGACCCUAUCAAACCUGUGCCUGAAGAUUAAUGUCAAACUAGGAGGAAUCAACAACAUCCUUGUACCUCAUCAACGACCUUCUGUGUUCCAGCAGCCAGUGAUCUUUUUGGGAGCCGAUGUCACUCACCCUCCUGCUGGAGAUGGAAAGAAGCCUUCCAUAGCUGCUGUUGUAGGUAGUAUGGAUGCUCACCCGAGCCGGUACUGUGCCACGGUGAGAGUUCAGCGACCCCGGCAGGAAAUCAUCCAGGAUUUGGCCUCCAUGGUGAGAGAACUUCUCAUCCAGUUCUACAAAUCAACACGGUUCAAGCCCACACGAAUCAUCUUCUACAGGGAUGGGGUCUCUGAAGGGCAGUUCCGACAGGUUUUGUAUUAUGAACUGCUAGCCAUCAGAGAAGCCUGCAUCAGUCUGGAGAAGGAUUACCAGCCUGGAAUAACCUAUAUUGUGGUGCAGAAGCGACAUCAUACACGAUUGUUCUGUGCUGACAGAACAGAAAGGGUUGGGCGAAGUGGCAAUAUUCCAGCUGGAACAACAGUAGAUACAGACAUUACACAUCCAUAUGAGUUUGAUUUUUACCUCUGUAGCCACGCUGGAAUACAGGGUACCAGCCGUCCCUCACACUAUCAUGUUUUGUGGGAUGAUAACUGUUUUACUGCAGAUGAACUCCAGCUGCUGACUUACCAGCUCUGCCACACAUACGUGCGCUGCACGCGGUCGGUUUCUAUCCCUGCACCAGCCUAUUAUGCUCACCUGGUAGCAUUCAGAGCACGGUACCAUCUUGUGGACAAAGAACAUGACAGUGCUGAAGGAAGCCAUGUUUCAGGACAGAGCAACGGGAGAGACCCACAGGCCCUGGCAAAGGCUGUACAGAUUCACCAAGACACCUUACGCACCAUGUACUUCGCUUAAGUCGACGACCCGGGAGCGCACGUGCCGAGAGGAAGAACUGAAAACCUAAGCCACAUACAAUGUAUGUUCCCAUGGGGUUGGUUUAUGGGCUGUGCCUCCCAUCGUGCUGAAGCUGACACUGUGCAGGGGCAAGAGGCUAACCCUUAAAUUGACACAAGGAGGAUUGUUUACUUCAUCGAGGAACACAGCACUAUUAUGCAAUAUGAAACCAGCCAACUGCUUUAUUGGCGCGGUCUCCCGUAGGAAGCGCCGCCAUCGUGGGUUGUUUAUUUUGUUUUGGGUU